AUGUUCCAAAAUUUCCCGCAUGUGCUCCGUAAACGGAACUCAUGUCCAGCCACUGACUCAACCCCCGUUACAUGGGAUGCGCAAAAGGAGCUCAAGGAAAUUGAACGCGAUAAAGCUUCGGGCGUCACUGUGGAGCUUAAAAACAACUCAUUGCAACACUUGAUAGGCUAUGUGCCUGGUCCAAAGGACACGCCCUACGAGGGCGGUCUUUUCAAAGUUGACAUCAAACUGGAAAGCUCCUAUCCGUUCGUUCCGCCAAAAAUGACAUUUUUGACAAAGGUCUGGCACCCGAAUGUCAGCAGCCAGAGCGGGGCCAUCUGCCUGGACAUCCUUAAAGAGCAGUGGAGCCCUGCGCUGACCCUCAAGACGGCGCUGCUUUGCCUCCAGGCGCUGCUGGCUUCACCGCAGCCAGAUGACCCGCAGGACGCGGUAGUCGCCAAGCAGUACCUGAACGACUUCGAGACGUACAAAAAAACGGCCAGGUACUGGACCGAGGCGUUUGCCAACCCCAAAGCCGACGCGCCGGACGAGAAGGUGGAGCGCAUUGUGGAGAUGGGCUUUGACCGAGCAGCGGCCAUCCAAGCACUACAGCGGGCAGGCGGUGACGAAAAUGCGGCAUUAGAACAGCUACUGGGUGGUGUGUAG